UUCUACACUUUUAAUAUUUUAAAAUGUAUUUGAUAUUUGAAAAACUUCUUGAAGCUUCUAUACUUAAUUCCGUGUAAUGUAACAAUUGGAAACGGUCACUGAAAUUGCGCAAAAUAUUCCAAUUAAAAUUUUGAGAGAGGAUGUUUUUUUACCCGGAAGGUUAUUAGCAGCCAAUCAUAUGAUCUUGCGGAGGAAUAUUGCCUUCUUUCGGUCGUGAUGUGGUUUCAUCAGACAACAGAAUUAUCACGUAGUAUGUGUAUAUAUUUCCUCGUUGUGCAUAUUAUUUGUUAUGAAAAGUAGCAGCAAUAAAAUUGAUUUAAUAUUUUUAUGAAAUGGCCGAAGGCACAACAGUAAAUACAGGUAGAAUAGUGUGCCCAUUUUAUUUAUAUUCUUCUUGCCAAGAUGGUGCUAGAUGCAAAUAUACUCACGAUGAUACUGCCACAUGUAGUAAUCUUAAAAACGUUGCCUGUCGUUUCUUUUUGAAGGGCAUUUGUAAGUAUGGUGAUAAUUGCUGGUUUUUGCAUUCAACUGUUAAAGGGGAUAUUAAUUCUAAACCUAAAUCGCGUAAUGAUAAGCUGGCUGCUGGGCCUUCACGUCAACGUUCAGAAAAUCAUAGCCCAUCAACGCCCAAACACGAUGUAAACAAAGUCGAUACUUUUCCAGCUAAGUGUAAUUUACGAAGUUUUAGCUCCAUGAGAAAAGAUAAAACAUCUCCUUGCAGUCCAGAUUCACCAAACUGGGUAAACGCACCUGAAUUUGUGCCUAAGACUAACAAAUCUUAUGCCGAUACUUUGAAAUCAAAUGUUUGUGUUAUUAGAUCAAAGCCUCAAAAAUUGGAUAUGGAGUUGUGCAUGCAUUUCUUUGAGGGUAAGUGCCCUUAUAAUGAUGAAUGUCCAUGCAUUCAUGGAAAUUUGUGUGAACUUUGUAGAAAAUAUUGCUUGAAUCCAUAUGAUGAGAGACAACGAAAGCUUCAUAUUGAAUAUUGUGAAAAAGAACUUGAACAAGAUAUGGAAUUAUCAUUUGCUAUUCAACGUAGUGUGGAUAAAACCUGUGGCAUAUGUAUGGAUGUUAUAAUGGAAAAAGAUCCAGUUGCAGAACGUCGUUUUGGAAUUCUUGAAAAAUGCAAUCAUGUGUUUUGUUUAUCCUGUAUCAGAAAGUGGAGAAGAGUCAAGACUUUUGAAAGUGCACAGCAUGUUGAUCAUUUAGUAGAUCCCGGUGUUACCCGUGCAUGUCCAGAAUGUAGAGUGUCUUCUGAUUUUAUCACACCUAGCCAGUAUUGGGUUGACACAGAAGACGAAAAGAAAAAAUUAAUUGCCGACUAUAAAGUAGCACUAAGCAAAAAACCUUGUAAAUAUUUCAAGCAAGGUAAAGGAACAUGUCCAUUUGGUGGUGCAUGUUUCUAUCUCCAUGCCAAACCUGAUGGCACAAAAGUAGAUUUACCAUUACCAACAAGAAGACGCCGACAAAAUCAAGAUGGUGAAUUAGAUUUCAUGGGUAGAAUAAUCUUAUGGGAUUACUUGGAAGUAAGAGAUCAAAGUGUUUUGAUGCAUUUGGAUCUAGAUGAACUUGUUUAUGCUAUGUCUGAUGAUACUGAUCAUGAAUCCGAGUCGAGCGAAGAAGACUUCUUUAUUAGCGAAUCAUUUUAAUUUCUGUUAACCUCUUUUCUAGAAAAUUGCGCUAUUUAUUUAGAUUUACCUUUUCGAAAGCCUUAUAUUCAACUAAAUGCUUAUUUCUUGCAUACUAAUUCAGUUCUUGUUAGGAGUUUUUAAUGCAAGUGUGAAUUGAACUUUUCAAAAUCGUGAGUCAUUUGGUUGUUGUUUAUUAGUGAACUGAAUUAUAUAUAAUCUAGUACUGAACAUCAAUGAACACAGAAUCACAAAGUAUAGUUGUCUUCUGAAAAAAAAUUUCAUCCUUUUUCUUUUUUUGAAAAAAAAAAUCAUUUUGUUGAUGUUGGUUUUCAAAGCUCGGUUGCUUUUUUGAUGUUAGAAAACUGUUUACUAGUCUUCAAUCUUAAUAUGUUGAUUCAGGAAUUAUGGAACCGGUUUUUCAAAUCUGCGAAGAUUUCAUUAUAUGUAACAAAUAUUUUUUUAUUGCAAAGCUUUAGAUUUUAAAUUUUCUCGUUUGAUGAAGCUCUUCUAUAUUUUUUAAUGCAUUAUUUUGCUGAUAUACUCUAAUUUUUUUCAUUGUAAAACUUUAGGUUUUAAGAUAUCUUUAUUGAUUAAGCAGUCUUAUUGUUUUUAUAAAAAAUAAGAUCCACUAUUAGCAAAUAUACUCAUAUUUUAUUUGUAAUACUAGACUGCGCUGGUCAUUUGUUUUUAUUGAAAAUUUCUACACUCUUUAGAUUUAUAUUUAAUAUUAUUACAGUCAUUAAUACAAUCAUGUCAUUAAAUGCUUUUUUAAUUUCUGUGCUCUAUCUGUAAUGUGUGUGAUAGUCUUGUGAUAACUUUACAUAUAGCUUUUUUACGCGUGUAUAAAAAUGAAUUAAAUCUUCUUAAUUAAUGUAUUAAGAUUUUUUCAAUGUAUGUUAAAAAUGUUAUUAGAUUUUGUUAAGUUUUAUCUCUGUUAAUCAUCUGUAUUAUUUCAAUCAUCUUCUAACUUGGCUAUAAAACAUGAAAUUGUUUCAGUACUAUGAAGUGUAUCCUUAUCAUAAGUGUAUAGUAUAUAAAUAUAUAUUAUAGUUUUAUUUUUAUAGCUACAUUUUUAAAAACCAUUGCAAUAUUUAUUCAUAUAAGUGGAUUAACAAAAAGUUGUGAUAUAUAAAUACUCAAUAAUUGGUUAACUUUUGUUUUAACAUGUGCUGUUCUUAAAUAUUUUUCUUAUGUAGAUAUUUGCAUUUUUAUGCUGUUAUAAAUGUACAAAAUUAACUUCUACAUAUCUAGUGUGUUCAACUAUUUUGUGAUUAAUAGAUUUUUAUUCUGCUAUCUGUAUCUAUCUUAAAUUUGAAUUUUUUAUUCUUUAAUGUUUGCAAUUCUGGAACGAACUAAAUGUCCAUCCGAAUUGAAAAUAUUUGUUUUAGAGUUUUGAAUCACAUUAUACAACACUUCAUAAGAAUUUAUUUUAAAAUAACUUUAUUUUAUCAUAAAUUUAUUUUCGUUUUUAAGAAAAUUAAAACAAAAUCAACAAACUUUUUUUCAUAUUUUAAUGUGGAAUGACUUGUAUAAGCAUUAGUUUUAGUUUCUUAUAAUUAUUUUACUUUUUUUGUACAUGUUGAAUGAAGCUUAAAUUAUAAAAACUUUUUAGGUAUUAUGAAGUGUGCGUUUCUAGAAACUUUUAUGUUGUUAAAAUUGUGUUGAUUAUCUUAGUAAAUGUUUUCAAUGCUAUGGAAGUAUUGGAAGUGCUAUGCAAUAUUUGAACCUAUAAUUGUUACAAAAAUUAAAAUUGAAUUUCACAAUAUUCUGCUAUGCAAUGUCUAUGCAAACUCUGUGCUAUAUACAAUAACUGCUAUGUACUCUGACAUUUUUUUAAAAAGAUUUGUUAAAAUUAGAUUGUCCGAAGCGUGCCAUUUAAAGAAAAUUUAACCUGAAUAUGUAGAUCAAGUGAGUCUUUUUGCUGCUAAUUUUUACUAGUGAUCAAGGCAUAAUUUGAAAUAUUUUAGAUAAGGUAGAUUAUUCUUAGAAAAAGUAACUAUAUAGACGCCUACACUUAAGUCUAUUAAAUUUUUGACUCGUACUAUUGGUUUUUCAGAACUUAUUGCAAUUUAAUUUUUAAUAUUCUUUAGACUGAAAAAUAAAUUCAUUCAAAGAUUCCUCUUUAAGUAUUUUAGAAACCUUGUAUCUAUCUUAUUAAAUAUCAUUCCUAUAGCUUUGAAAGAAUAUUUAAAUUAAGAAUAAAAUUGUUUGUAAUUUGAAACGUAUGUUUUAGAUUUUCUUGAAAUUAAUUGAGCUAAUUCAUGAUGAUACUCAGGUAUGGAAUUUUAAAUUCCAUUUAGCUCUAUAACUUUAAAAAAAAAAAAAAAAUCUUAUUAGUUUUAAAAUCAAGAUAGAAGUUAACAUACCUCUGACUAUACACAGACUAAUACUGAAGUACAAUCAUAAGUUGCUACAGACAAAAAAUUCGAAGUGUCGUCUAUAAGCUAAUAAAUAAAAUAAAAUAGUUUUUCAACUUAGUACAAGGAAUUUUCUAAAUUCUACAUGUAAUCUUCCAAUCUGAUUCUUAAUUUCUAUUUUAUCUCAGCUUUAAUAACAUAACCUUUUUUUUCUUCUAUUUUUUUAUAAAUAUAUAUGCUUGUUUUACGAGCAAAGUUAACCUUUAAAAAGUAGGCAACUGUAUCACCAACUACUUAAAAAUAGUUCCUGUUUUUGCAUAUUGCAUGAAACAUUUUUAGAACAAAUGUUUUAUGCAGCAAUUGUUUAAGAAAUUUUAUACAAAUAUAACUUUAAAAAUUAACAAAAAAAUCAAUUGAUAUUUUUUCUUUUUAAAUGCAUGUAUUUUUUUUAAGGCAGCAGCUUACUAAUAAGGAAAGGAUUAUUAAAAAAAACUUUUUCAAAAUUUUAAGACUUAAUUUUUUUAAAAAGAAAAAAUCUCUUCAUAGGCGAGGAAAAGAGUAGUUGAAUACCUCUUUUUUUCUAAUUAAUUUUAAUAUUUAUUUCUCACCUGGUGCCUAUUCUUGCUGCUGAUUUAUAUAAGAAAAAUGUAUUGUAAUAUUUUAUAUUAAGGUCUGUAAAUUUCUUUGAAAAAUUCAGUCACUAUAAUAUGUCUUGGUAAAGAUGUUUUAAAAAAAUAUUGUGUUCAAGUUUAAUAUGAAUGUUUAAUGACAAAAAUUUGAAAUCAAUCUUUGAUCACAAUUCUCAAACAUAUCACUUAUAGAGAUUCUGCAUAGAGACUUGAGACAAAAUUCUACACCAUUAAAAUUUUUAAGAAAUACCAACUUAAAGACAAAUUAUUGAACCAAAUUAUUAUUGUAAUUGCGCUGUCAAAUUCAACCAAACUUAAAAAAAUAGAUAUAUUUUUAAUGACAAAAGAAGAAAUCGAAACUAUACAUCAAAUUAUGUACUUUUCCUAAUUGUAAUGUUUGAUCAGUCCUAAUUAAGUUAUUGACUAUUGAAAAUAAUUCUUUUUCUUGAUUUGAAAUUCAUUGUUUUGUCUUUCAAUUGAUAGCAUAAUUAUAGAGCAAAUGUGAAAGUUUUGUAAUUUUUUAAUGUUCAUUUAUUUUGUAAGGUUGGGUGAAAAAUUUAUCCUCUGAUAACUAUCACAAUCAUUUUUUUUUUGUUUCCUUUUUUAUAUUUUGAUUUCUUUUCCUCAUCUUUCUCUGCACUUCAUUUUUUUUUUUUUUUAAAGAAGCGAAAAAUUUGACGUUCUAAUUUAUUUAGUUUCUCAUAGAAUUUUUUAAUUUUUUAAAAAUUUAAUUUUUUGUCUCUUUAUUUUUACUGUUAUGGAAUUUUUUAGAGGCAUAUUUUUCAAUCAAUCAAUUUAAAGCUAUUUUCCUGUAUUCUUAUGUAAUAUUCGUUUUUGGUUGAAAUUUGUACUAAAUGAAUAGUUUUUCUUUGUUUUACUUUUAAUUUGUUUUUAGGACUGUCUUUUUCCUCAUGUUAUUGUUGAUCAAUAGAGGUUUCUGCAUUGGGGGGGGGGAUGAGAAAGAUAAAUACUAAUGCAAGAUACAGAAAGUGUGAAGACAAAUUUUAAACAAUUAUGAUUAUAGCUAAAAGUUCGGUCACUGAAGAAUACUAAGUUCAGUCAGUAGAAGAAAAAAGUAAAUUCUCCUUCAAAUCUAAUAAGUUCACUCAAAAUUUAUCAGAUGGACCAAUUGUUACAAUUAAGUAUUUAGUUUUUAUUUCAAACAGAGUUGGUAUUUUGUCUAGAAUAAACCUUUUUCUUCCAGGCCCACUGAUAGAAAAAUUAUGUGUAUUUGUAUUUUACUAAAUAUUCUGUUUAAAGAUCAAUUAUCUGAAAAAAAACUAUUUUUUAAGAACGAAAUAAAAACUAAUUUUUCACACUAAAGUUAUAAUAGUAAAUCCUAGGCAAAAUAUUGUAAAGCAUCCAAAAUGUGAACCAAAAAAAAUGACAUUUAUCUUUGCAAACUUAAGAGCUUUAUUUAGAAUAAAUAAUCUAUAAUUGAAAAUUCAUUUGACAGUGUUCGUGAAUAUUUUAAUAGUAAUCUGUUAUUCAAUUAUAUUUUUUUAUGGAAGCAUGAUCAUUUAUUAUUUGUUGAUCUAAAUUUAUGCUAUAUCUGACUUAUUCGCUCAUUUUUCAACAAAAAAAAUUUGCAUACAAGUUGCAUAUUAUUCAAUUUUCAGUAAUAGUUUUAUCCUGCCCUUAGCAAAGUACUAUUUUAAAUAUGAUUUAAUUCUAUGAAUUGUAUAUCAAGAAGAAUCUUGUUUCUUUUAUCUUUUGUAAAGAUCAUUUGACUUUGAUUUUUUUUAAAGAAAAUUUAUCUAGAAAUCUCGAUUGUAAUUCUUGGUUGAACUAUUACUGAAUCAAUUACUAUUACUAAUCACAUUUUUUUUCAUAAUCAUUGAAUAUUUUCUUUUUACGUAUAUCUUUAUUAUGUAUAUCCUUAGAGAUUUAUAUUUUAAAUAGGGACCUGCUUUUAAUAAAGGACCCAGAUAGUUGGAAGGCCUUGGUCCUAAAGACCUGUUUUAAGUCUAGCAGAAUCACUGUACCUAUAUAUUUGAUAGUUGUGGAAAAUUUUUUAUUUUAUCCAAUGCUGUCUUGAUUAUUAUAAAAUUUAUUUUUAUAUUCUUUUUAUAGGAAAAAGUGUCCAAUUUCCAUCCAAAAACUUUAAAUAUAUUUCAAAUUGCUGUGAAGCUAAAUAAUUAUAAAAUUUAGAAAUUCUAAAAAUGUAAAAACGUUCAUGAAAUAUUAGUGAGUAUUAACUUAAAUUUUAAGUAAAGUACAAACAUUUUACUUAUUUUCAUGUUGUAUUAGUUUGCCCUUUAAUACUGCUACAUAACAUGAUUAAAAACUUUUCCCAUUACUAAAUGCAAAUGGUAUUUUACUUAAAAUUUAGUUUUGUAAAUAUUAGUUUGUUUUAUUUUAAAUAUUUUACUUUACAUUAUUAUGUAAUUUUCUGUGUCAUAUAUGAAUAUUUUGAAGUUUUAAAAAUGAAUUAGAUAGAAAGUUAUGAACUUUAUAAUUUUAUUUCCUGAUCUUUUGUUAUUAAACUAGUUAUCUAAUGGCGUGUUAUGCCUAAAACAAUUUAUUGUAAUAUAUAUAAAUAGUUCUGCUUAUAUGAAAAUUGUAAAAAGGAAAUUAAUGCAUUAAAAAGUUGCAUUUUUCAUAAUUGUCUUUUUGUUUAAUUAAAACUGUAUCUACUACUCAAUUAUUCAUUUUUAUUGAUAUCACACUGAACAAUUAAUGUAAAGAUAUUGCCGGUUUGUCAAUGAUACACAGCUCACAAAAACGGUGCGAUCACUAGGGCAAAACCAAAUGUUGACAUUUUAUAGUACAAUAAAUUAUUCCAAAAUUGCAAAUCUUUAAUAAAAAACUUUUCUCUAUUUAAA